AUGGUCGAGAUGAUUGUGGGUUAUGGCCAUGAGAGCAGGAUAUCAGUUUACGGGAUCCUUGGGAUGGGAGGAAUUGGCGAGACAACUUUAGCUCAGAAGAUAUACAAUGAGCUCAGGAUAAGGGAGAGAUUUCAUCAGGAAAUGCACAGGCUAAAGGAUCCUGAUGGCCUGGAGUUGCUAAUGAAGAGAUCUUUCCGAACCAGAGAUGAAGCAAAUGUAUUCAGUGACAUUGGCGCAAAAAUUGUCAAGAAAUGCGAUGGCCUUCCUCUUGCCAUCAAGGUCGUUGGAGGCGUCCUAUCGUCUAGGUCGAGCAAGGAAGAAUGGGAGAGAAUACUGGAGAGAAGAUGGUCUAUUGAUGGGCUUCCAGAAGAACUAGAAGGUGCUUUGUACUUAAGCUACAGUGACUUACCCCCACAACUCAAACAGUGCUUCCUCUGGUGUGCUUUGUUGCCUCAGAAUUUCAAUAUUCACCGAGAUGUCACGUACUGGUGGAUUGCUGAAGGUUUGGUGAAGGAAGAGUGCACUGGACCGAUACAUAACAUCCCCGAAGAUUACUACCAUGAGUUGAUCAAGAGGAAUCUGCUACAGGCAAGGCCAGAGUAUGUCGACAAGGGAGUAUCAACAAUGCAUGACCUGUUAACGCAACUUGGCCAAUUUCUGACAAGGAAUGAAGCCGUCUUCAUGAACGAGAAGCGUGAUCGUUGCCCUUCUAGUAUUCGCCGAUUAGGUGUCGGGAGCGCUGUUGACGAAAUACCUUCUAUAGAAGAGAAGAAGCGCCUACGGUGCCUCAUUGUCUUGCAUCACGACACAUGCAGAUCGGUGAAGAGGGACAUCUUCAGAAAGCUGGUGCAUCUUCGCAUCUCAGUUCUACGAGGAGCAGGCCUCGAGAGAACACCUGCAUCGGUGGAUUACUUGGCGCUACUGAGGCUGCUGGAUCUCAGCUACGAGAUCAAGGAGCUUCCAGGGUCCAUCAGAAACCUUACCAGCCUUGGUUGCCUUUCAGUGUUUGGUUGCACAAAGUUGGCAGCUUUGCCGCCGAGUCUGAUGAGGCUGACCACAAUAAGCUUCCUCCAGAUAGGAAACACAGGACUGGCGCAGGUUCCGAAAGGUUCUUCACGUCAAAGGAGCAGACGCAGUGGGAGCAUCGGUGCUGAGCUCCUUGGAAACGACAUCCUAUCUGGAACACUUACCACUGCAUUUCCAAAGCUCGAGCUGCUUGAGAUCCUCGACAUGUACAACUGGCAGAAUUGGUCACUAAGCAUGGAUACCUUGUUCGACAACACACAACAGCAAUCCCUUAUGCCGUGCCUUACACGCCUGCGGCUGAUAAAUUGCCCGAAGUUGAGAGCUCUCCCUGAUCAUCUUCACAGAAUUGUUAAUCUACAAAGGAUCCAAAUAGAAGGAGCUGACAGCCUGCAGGAGAUCAUCGAUCAUCCCGGGUUGUGUGGCUCAAGGUUAGGAACAACAAGUCCUUGA